AUGUCUAUGAAAUUAACCGCUGUCCUAGCUCUAGCUGCCGCUGCCGUCAUGGCCGAAGAAGUCUCUGACUACCAAGUUGCUCAAUUCGAAGGUAUGUUAAUCGAUGUUAACAAUCACUUGCAAGAUUACAUGUCUCUAGCCAUGAACGAUGCUGAUUUCACCAUCCCAUCCGGUGUUUUGGAUGUUUAUGAACACAUGACCACCUACGCUUCCGGUGAUGACUCUUACACUUCUCUUUUUACCGAAAUUAACUUCGCUCAAGUUACCACUGUUAUGAAACAACUACCAUGGUACUCUUCUAGAAUGCUACCAAUCAUUGAAUCUUAUCUAUCUGCUCACAGUUUCACUGAAGAAGAUGCCAGUGUUGCUGCUUCCUCUUCUUCUGCUGCUGCUUCCUCUUCUGCUGCUGCCUCUUCCUCUUCUUCUGCUGCUGCCUCUUCCUCUUCUGCUGCUGCCUCUUCCUCUUCUGCUGCUGCCUCUUCCUCUUCUGCUGCUGCCUCCUCUUCCUCUGCUGCUGCUUCCUCUUCCUCUUCUGCCUCCUCUUCCUCUUCUGCUUCUUCCUCUUCCUCUUCUGCCUCCUCUUCCUCUUCUGCUUCUUCCUCUUCCUCUUCCUCUUCUGCCUCCUCCUCUUCUGCCGCUUCUUCCUCUUCUGCUUCCUCUUCCUCUUCUGCCUCUUCCUCUUCUGCCGCUUCUUCUUCCUCUUCUUCCCAAAACGGUGCUGCUCAACUAACCGCUGGUAUGGGUGCUUUCGCCGCUGCCGUUGCUAUGCUAUUAUAA